CAGGCAGUGAGGAGGGUUGCUGGGAGCAUGCGGAGACAGGGCUAGUGAACCCCAGGCUUGUGCGCUAGGGAUGCUCAGGGCCUGGUAGCUUGCAGGGAGAGGAAAUUAGGACCGGUCCCUUUAAGAGGAUUUUCUCUGCCUGGCAGUGCUGCCUGCCUGGGCAGCCCAUCCUGCCACCCUGAGAGGCAGCGGCAGCCACAAAGCUGGAGGAGAGGGGCAUCGCCGAGCAGCCGCGCUCGGGUGCGCUGAUAGCGACUGCUGGGCGGUGGUCGGAGGGAUCCUUUCCUUCCCUCCAUCCCUUCCUGCCCGCCCGGCCGCCGCCCAGCCCAGCCCAGCCCUGCGGAGGGAUGGGGAGGGGACCCCGGCUGGAGACCCGCGGGGACAGCGCCCAGCCCGGCUGCCGGCGCUGAGCACCGGCGGAGCCGCCGCCGAGCCGCUCCCAGCCCCCGCCGCGGGCAUCGCCCCUUUGUCUGCGGAGAAGUGAGAGGCGGAGGGCGCUGCGGCGGAGGGAAGCACGGCCGGACCCCGCCGAGAGGAGCCCCGCGCCCGCAGCCUGCAGCAGGAUGGCAGAGAAGGGUAUGGAUCCCGCGUGUGUCUCCAUUGCCCUGGAGGACACGGUGUGCCACGCCAGCCCUGCCGAUGCCCCGCUCCUCACCACCCACUUGAAGAAGGUUGAGAACCACAUCACAGAGGCCCAGAGGUUUUCUCACCUCCCGAAGCGCUCAGCUGUCAACAUCGAAUUCAUUGACCUGUCCUACUCUGUGCGGGAAGGCUCCUGGUGGAGGAAGAGAGGGUACAAGACACUGCUCAAAUGCCUGUCAGGGAAGUUCUGCCAGCGGGAGCUCAUCGGGAUCAUGGGCCCCUCGGGUGCUGGGAAGUCCACGCUCAUGAACAUCCUGGCUGGGUACAGGGAGACGGGGAUGAAGGGCCAGAUCCUGGUGAAUGGCCGGCCCCGGGACCUGCGCACCUUCCGCAAGAUGUCCUGCUACAUCAUGCAGGAUGACAUGCUCCUGCCACACCUCACUGUUCUGGAGGCUAUGAUGGUCUCUGCUAACCUGAAGCUGAGUGAGAAGCAGGAGGUGAAGAAGGAGCUGGUGAAUGAGAUCCUGACGGCUCUGGGGCUGCUGGAGUGCUCCUACACCCGCACCAGCUCGCUGUCGGGGGGGCAGCGCAAGCGCCUGGCCAUCGCCCUGGAGCUGGUGAACAACCCUCCCGUCAUGUUCUUCGAUGAGCCCACGAGCGGUCUGGACAGUGCCUCCUGCUUCCAGGUGGUUUCCCUGAUGCGGUCCCUGGCUCAGGGUGGGCGCACCAUCAUCUGCACCAUCCACCAGCCCAGCGCCAAGCUCUUUGAGAUGUUCGACAAGCUCUACAUCCUGAGCCAGGGCCAGUGCAUCUUUAAAGGCAUCGUGACCAACCUCAUCCCCUACCUGAAGGGUCUUGGCCUUCACUGCCCCACAUACCACAACCCUGCUGACUUCAUUAUUGAGGUGGCCUCAGGAGAAUAUGGGGACCUCAACCCUGUCCUGUUCCGAGCUGUCCAGAAUGGCAUGUGCACCAUGGCUGAGAAGAAGAGCAGCCCUGACAGAUCAGAUCCGUCAUGCCCAGCGCACUGUGUGGCGGACGUGGACCACAUCGAGAGCCACACGUUUGCCACCAGCACUUCAACUCAGUUCUGCAUCCUCUUCAAGAGAACCUUUAUCUGCAUCCUAAGGGACACGGUGCUGACCCACCUGCGGUUCAUGUCCCACAUCUGCAUCGGGGUGCUCAUUGGGCUGCUCUACCUGCACAUCGGCAACGAUGCGGGCAAAGUCUUCAACAACACCGGCUUCCUCUUCUUCUCCAUGCUCUUCCUCAUGUUCGCCGCACUGAUGCCCACCAUCCUCACCUUUCCCCAGGAGAUGACUGUAUUCCUGAGAGAGCACUUGAACUACUGGUACAGCCUGAAAGCCUAUUACCUGGCAAAGACCAUGGCAGAUGUGCCCUUCCAGAUCAUCUGCCCCAUUGCAUACUGCAGCAUUGUGUACUGGAUGACAGGCCAGCCACCUGAAGCCACACGCUUCCUCCUCUUCUCUGCCCUGGCCACCGCCACAGCCCUGGUGGCCCAGUCCCUUGGGCUUCUCAUCGGAGCUGCUUCUACUUCUCUGCAGGUGGCUACCUUUGUGGGACCUGUCACUGCCAUCCCUGUCCUGCUCUUCUCCGGCUUCUUUGUCAGCUUCAAGACCAUCCCCACCUACCUGCAGUGGAGCUCCUAUGUCUCCUAUGUCAGGUACGGCUUUGAGGGCGUCAUUCUCACCAUCUAUGCCAUGGAGCGUGAGGACCUGGAAUGCCUCGAGGACUUCUGUCCUUUCCAAAAACCCAUCAAGAUCCUGCAGGAGCUGGAUGUGGAAGAGGCCAAGCUCUACCUGGACUUCCUCAUCCUGGGCAUCUUCUUUGUCAUCCUGCGGCUCCUGGCUUACCUGGUCCUCAGGUACAAAGUCAAAUCAGAGAGAUAAAGGGGCCAUGGGGCCCCAGUGCCGUUCCCAGGCCUGGCCUGCUCUAAGAGACAUUCUGCAGAUGGACACAGCACUCCUGGCAGGUCACGGACCACAGCGGAGGCAUUGGUAGGUGCCAGCCAGGCCUGGCUCAGUCGAGAAGGGUUUUGAGACAUCUCGGAACUGUUUUAACCUUUCCAUGCACUCUUCAUUGCAAACGUUUUGUACAGCCCUGGCACAUGCCACUCUGUCCCCCAGGACUGCCCAACCCCACAGAGCUUGGGUCCCCUCUUGUCACCUCUGCCCGGCACUGCCCUUCUCCACCCAACACACUGGGACUCUGGGAAUGGUCCCAUGGAGGCAGCUGUCUGCUGAGCAAGGUCAAGAGGAGAGUGAUGUCCUGGGGCUGAAGGCAGGAGGAGACACCCACAGCAUGGAUCCACAGUGCAGCCCACAGCCCUGUUGCUUGCCCUAGGCAGCAGCACGUGUGUCAAUGCUAAGAAGAGCCCAAAGAUGCAAUAGGCCAAAUUGCACAAGGCUUGAGUGCUUCCUGUCACCAUAGUCACAGAAAUUACUGCAUCCUCUUUUUUUUUUCUGCAUAAAUCCUCCCUGGUUUUUAUUU